CUUCCUCUCGUCCUGCCCGUGUUUUCUGCACGAGCCCCCGCUUCACACACGGGCCCGACCAUUGCGGAGGCGCGCGCGCACGGCAAGGAAACGCGUUUGCACUAGGUGACUCAGAUAUGGCCAGCCUGAGCUGAGAGAGGGGUUAGAUGACUUUGCUACAGCAUGAUAUUUUUAUCUGAUUGCACUGAACUACAAACAUGAGUCAUGCAGAGCGAAACAUGCGGAUCAAGCUGUCAGUGAAACCCUGGUGUGUGAACAAAACUGAUGAAAUUACUAGAGGAAUGGUCACAUCCCAGACAUGCAGCUCAUCCCUGUAGUUGUGCUGCUAUUGAAUGGUCUCUGUGGACUCUCGUUACAUCAGGACUUGAGCAGAGUUAACCCUAGGCAGACAUGGCUAAAAGAGACUAUCUGGUGGAUGCAGCCAAGCAGAUUCGCAUGGCCCUGGACAGGGAAGUCAAUGAGGACUACGAAGCUGCAUUUAGCUAUUAUAAAAAUGGUGUGGAUCUGCUGCUGAAUGGCGUUCAAGUGGAUCCAAAUAAAGAGAGGCGUGAGGCUGUGAAGCGGAAAACCACUCAGUAUCUCAAGAGGGCGGAGGAGAUCUUUAACUCUCAUCUACAGUACAACUUUUGCAAAGACACCACACAAUUAGGGCAGGGUUACAGCAGCCUGAGAUUCAGGUCUAUCAGACAUCUGAGCUCGCCUGUGGAGGACCUGGAGAUGUGUAAAGUGGUGGGGAUUAUUGAUAAGGUUUUGACUGUGCAAAACCUGAUAAGUAAGGAGACAUUUGUGAUUAAGAGCCUACCCAAGUCCAGCUGGGAGAAUCGAGAGCGUUCCACCAUCAUCCCUCAGGGUGUCCCGUUUAUGGUUAAGUUACUUAGGUACUAUGUCAGCGAGGACUCUGUGUUCCUGCAUUUAGAACAUGUUCAAGGUGGGAAGCUCUUCUCCAAAUUGCACCGGAUCAAAAGUGAAGUAGCGAGAGAACAUCCAGACUGCUCCACCCCCAGCCAGCACAAGUUCCAGCUAAAGAACAGCUACACCUCACCUGCUCUUACUCAGCUAUACCAGCUUAAUGGAGAGAACCAUCAGAGAACAUUCAUAUUUCCUGAGAGUAAGAAACUGGAAAGCCUGGAAACGGACAAACUCUCUUUUUGGAAUGAGACUGAGCAUCAGCUUGACAGUUAUGGCACACACUCAUACUGUGAGGAAACAGGAUGCCUGCAGAUUUCCCGGUCGGAAAAAGCUGAAUUCCAGCUAGAGCAAUCCUAUAACUCUUAUGCAAUAAGGACAGAUUCCUAUUCCAUUGGUCAGCGAGAUCGUCUUAUAUCUCAGGAAAGUUUUCCACUUCCUGUUCGUCCCUGUGUCAUCGUGGAUACUCGGGAUCCUCUCAGUGUCACGACCGAUCUUUUAGGAAAUGACGUACACAUCGAAAGGAUAGACUCGAGCUUGGAUUUUGAUAAAGUCUGGACUGCUGUACCAGCUCAGGAACAGUGUUUAACAGGAACCAAGUCAAAUCCAGACAAACUUGGAAUCAGUUGUGCACCUCAGCUCACACUGAGCUCUUUAUUUGAUACCACACAGCCAACCCUGUGUAGCACAGUCAAUAUCCUUCCACAGAAAGUUCGGAUCGUUCCCAACACCCUGCCUUUAUCCUCACAGAACCAAAAACUAGAUGAAAUUACCAACAGAAAAACAAGUAAUUUGGAGAACCAGUAUAUGACUAACUUAAGCUCAGGAAUUUCCCAACCAGGCACAGAACACUGCAAUGGAACACGGUUUGCUGUGGAAAGCAAACUUGUGAGACCUUUCGCCUUAGACAUCAUGACAGCAGCUCCUCAGGUGAACAAUACAAGUAAAGAUAGGGAAAGAGAGUCUGUGGAGGUUGGAGAAGAAACCUGGGAACUCCUUAGUCCACUGUGCUCAGAUAAAAUUCAGAAUCCGUUCUUUACUCCUCACGCUUCUCAGGAAGAGCAGCUUAUAGAAGUUGAUGGCUGGUGUCACUUGCCUCAGCUUAGAGCGAGGAGCCGUAGCGUGAACCAACAGCCUGGUCGAUGGGGUCUUCCUGAAGAGGACGUGCGAAUAUGGGGAGCGCAGAUCCUGUUAGCUCUAGAGAGCCUUCAUGAGCAAGGCAUCGUGUGCCAGGACCUCAACCCCAGGAACAUCCUGCUUGAUAGCAAUGGUAAUGUGUGCCUGACUUACUUUGGUCAGUGGACGGAGGUUCAGACGGAAAUUAUUCACAAAGCUAUGGAUGAAAUGUACUGUGCACCAGAGAUUGGUGGAGUAUCCAAAAUCACAGAGGCGUGCGACUGGUGGAGUCUGGGAGCCUUAUUGUUUGAACUUCUUACUGGAAUGCCCCUGUGGCAGUGUCAUCCUACAGGUGUGCAUCCACACACACAACUACGUAUUCCAGAUCACCUGAGCACUGCAGCUGCCUCUCUUCUCACUGAGCUCCUUCAGUAUGAUGCUGGCUAUCGACUGGGCUCUGGAGGUGGAGGGGUUAGUGACAUUAAGUACCACCCCUUUUUUAACUCUGUUCCUUGGCACACACUUGCCAGUUAAUGGAUCCAGGGUGUCUGGUUCUAAAGACCUAACAGCUGUGAUUUAUGAGAAGUCAAAGCUGAAAGAAAUGCCUUUGCUGCCCCCUGGUGGUGUAGAAAACGAUUAUCUCCAACAAUGCAUCAACAGCUGAACAGCUGAAAAUACACAGAAAUCCAAUUAAUUUAGACCAUUUCCCAUUUUAAACUCUUCUGACAUUGUGCUACACUAUAAACAAAAUCACUCAUUUCAGUUGCUAUCAAAGGAACUUAUUCCAGGACCCUACAGUACAUGUACAGGGUUUAUUGUAAGUAUAUACCGACAUCUCAGGCAUUAAACUAUUGCUGCACUUCUGUAUGACAGAUGUACAAGUGAUAUGCAAUAUCAUCAUUACAUCUGACUAUCAAUCAAGCAAGCACUGUAAUAUCAAUCCAAAUUGUCAGUACAGAUUUUAAUGAUAUAUUGGACAGUGGUGUCAUACAUUUGUGCCUCAAAUGAUCUGCAUUAAGAAACAUUUUUAUGCUCAGGAUGAGCUACCCACAUUUUUAACCAAAGCAAAAAAUAAUAAUAAAAAACAAUGUCUCCAA